CUCGGUUGUGCUAUUUUCUGGCUGCCCUGCUGAGACCUCACCAUGUCUUCCCACAAGACCUUCAGAAUCAAGAGGUUCCUCGCAAAGAAGCAGAAGCAAAAUCUCCCAAUUUCUCAGUGGAUUCGCAUGAAAACUGGCAAUAAGAUCAGGGACAACUCCAAGAGGAGACACUGGAGAAGAACCAAGCUGGGCUUAUAA